AUGGUUGAUAUCCGAUACAGUGACGGAGCAUCAUUUAUGGCAAAUGUUGAAGCCAUCGAUCCGGGAGGAGCAUGGUGUUCUACAAAGGAAGGAUGUCUCAAUAAAAGCGACUCAAUAUUAGGGUCCAACAAAAAUCCUCCUCUUGUAUAUUUACCUUUGGGUACUUUCCAAAGUCCAAACAAAACAAUAAAUCCUGAUUUUUAUAACUGGAAUAUUGUUGAGAUCCGGUACUGUGACGGUGCAUCAUUUAUGGCAGAUGUUGAAGUCGCCAAUCCGGAAACAAAACUCCAUCUAAAAGGCUGGAGAAUCUUUACAUCUGUAAUUGAAGAGCUCAUGAAUACUCAAGGAAUGAGUAAUGCUGAAAAUGCUUUACUCGUAGAAAACUCGGCAAGUGGGUUGGCGACGAUCCUAAAUUGUGAUAGUGGAAGGGUUGAAGAAUUAAGGUGA